AUGGUUGAACUAUACUUUGUUGCAAUUGAAAUCCUCAUAUUAGAAGGUGACAACUUGCGAAAUUUAUUCCCAAAUGCAAAAAUUCAUGUUGGUUGUGUUAAAAUUGUUGCAAGGGAAGUUUUUUUUUUAUUAGUUGCUAUUGUAAUAUUGCCAACAACAUGGUUGAAAAGUUUAAGUUUAUUGGCUUAUGUUUCUAUUGGUGGAGUUUUGGCUUCAAUUGUUUUGGUUUUUUCAAUAUUUUGGAUUGGUGCAAUUGAUGGUAUUGGAUUUGAAGAAAAAGGUGUGAUUUGGAGAUGGGAUGGAUUGAUAAGUGCAAUAAGUAUGUAUACAUUUUGUUAUUGUGGUCAUGCUAUUUUCCCAACAAUAUGCAAUUCCAUGAAGGAUAGGAGCCAAUUUCCAAAGGUUUUAUUUGUGUGCUUUAUAUUAAGCACCAUUACUUAUGGAUCAAUGGCAACUAUGGGGUACUUAAUGUAUGGACAAAAUUUAAUGUCACAAAUAACAUUAAAUCUCCCUAUCGGGAAAAUUAGUUCGAAAAUCGCGAUAUAUACGACACUCUUUAAUCCAAUAACAAAGUAUGUUCUUGUUAUCUCUCCAAUUACAACGGCUAUUGAAGAUAAAUUACCUUUACGAAAGAGUAAAUAUAUCGUGAGCUACUUCAUCAGAACAUUUUUGGUCAUCAGCACGGUCAUUGUGGCGUUAACUGUUCCAUUUUUUUGGAUAUGUCAGACAUUUACGGGCGCACUUUUUGGCAUUACCGUGUCGAUAUUGUUACCAUGCCUAUGCUACCUCAAGAUCAAGAAGCCUUCAUUUUUGGAAGUUGUGUUUAUUUGGAUGAUUUUGGUUUUUGGUUCUUCAGUUGUCAUAUCUGGAGCUUACACUUCUUUGAAAAACAUUAUUAGUCAUGUGUAG